CGGAGAGGGGCGCACUGUCUCUCCCGCGUCUGGCAGACAGGCGUCGUCUUCUGCACGAGGCGGGCAGGAGAUUCCGAAGCAGAUGGACUCCCAGCUGCAAGAGGGAACUCGCGUGUGGCUCCAGGAGAAGGACCAGCUGCAGCCCUGCACUGUUGAAUCCUGCGCUGAUGGGUCAGUGCUCUUCACUUCGGACUAUGGUGAGAGGUUUUGCUACCCAUGGGCCUCUCUGCCCAGGGAAAAGAUCCUGCCAAUGCACCAGUCCAGCGUGGAGGGAGUGGAGGAUAUGUCCAUGCUGGGGGACUUGCAUGAGGCUGCCAUCUUGCUCAAUCUGCACCAGCGCUACCAGCAGGACCGGAUUUAUACAAAUAUUGGUUCCAUCUUGAUCUCCGUGAAUCCUUAUAAGCCCAUCACUGGCCUGUAUGAUGUGGCUACCAUUGACCUGUACCGACAUCACUGCCUGGGUGAGCUGCCGCCCCAUAUUUUUGCCACAGCCAGUGAGUGCUACAGCUGCCUGUGGAGGCGCCAUGACAGCCAGUGUAUCCUCAUCAGUGGAGAAAGUGGAGCUGGAAAGACAGAGAGCGCCAAGUUGCUGAUGAAGUUCCUGUCAGCCAUGAGCCAGACCUCACUGGGUGGUCCUAUGUCAGAGAAGAGUACACAUGUGGAGGAGGCCAUCAUGGAGAGCAGCCCUAUCCUGGAGGCUUUUGGAAAUGCUAAGACGGUUUAUAACAACAACUCAAGUCGCUUUGGCAAAUUCAUCCAGCUGCAUUUUUCCCAGUAUGGACACAUCCAGGGAGGAAGAGUUAUUGACUGUAUCCGAUUUCAGAACAGAGUUGUUCAUCAGAAUCCAGGAGAACAUAAUUAUCAUAUCUUCUAUGCCUUGCUAGCUGGUGUCUCAGGGGAACAAAAAGAAGCCCUAUGCCUGCUGGAGCCCAAGAGCUAUCAUUACCUGAAUCAAUCUGGCUGUGUAACUAAUGAGAACCUGGAUGACAAAGAGAUGUUCAGCAAUGUCACGACUGCUCUUGAAGUGAUGGGGUUCAGUUCUGAAGAGAUCCGGGACAUUUUCAAACUUCUUUCUGGCAUUCUGCAGCUUGGAAACAUUGAGUUCAUGACAGCUGGAGGAGCUCAGAUUACAACCAAAACUGCACUUAAUAACUCCAGUGAACUGCUUGGCUUGGAUACCUUCCAGUUGUCUGAGGUGCUCACUCAGAGAUCCAUGUUUCUACGGGGCGAGGAAAUAAGCUCUCCCCUCACUGUGGAGCAGGCUACUGACUCCAGGGACUCACUCGCCAUGGCCCUUUAUUCACAGUGUUUCUCGUGGAUCAUUGGCAAAAUUAAUGCAAAAAUAAAGGGGAAGGAAAACUUUAAGUGUGUAGGAAUCUUGGAUAUCUUUGGAUUUGAGAAUUUCCAGGUGAAUCGCUUUGAGCAGUUUAACAUUAACUAUGCAAAUGAGAAGCUCCAGGAGUACUUCAACAAGCACAUAUUCUCCCUGGAGCAGCUUGAAUACAACAGAGAGGGGAUAUGCUGGGAAGCCAUUGAUUGGAUGGAUAAUGCAGAAUGCCUGGAUCUUAUUGAGAAGAAACUUGGUUUGCUGGCACUGAUUAACGAAGAAAGUAGAUUUCCCAAAGGUACAGAUGGCACCCUUCUGGAAAAGAUCCAUAGCCAGCAUGGGAGCAACCAAUAUUACUUGAAGCCCCGGGUGUCAGAUUUCCACUUUGGGAUCCAGCACUAUGCCGGAGAGGUCCUUUAUGAUGUGAGGGGCUUUCUAGAGAAAAACAGAGACACUUUUCGGGAUGAUAUUUUAAACAUGCUGAAAGACAGCAGGCUGGACUUCAUCUAUGACCUCUUUGAAAGAGUCUCAGGGUGCAGCAAUGAGGACACGCUGAAGAUGGGAACUCAGAGACGCAGGCCGACUGUCAGCUCCCAGUUCAGGGACUCCUUACACUCUUUGAUGGCCACACUCAGCACUUGCAAUCCACUGUUCAUUCGCUGCAUCAAGCCCAACCUGGAGAAGGCUUCGGACCUCUUCAAUCCGGACGUGGUGCUAAAACAACUGCAAUACUCAGGCAUGCUGGAAACAGUGAAAGUUCGGAGAGCUGGCUUUCCUGUUCGGCGGCUCUUUCAAGAUUUCCUCUGCAGGUAUAAGAUGCUGCUGAAAAAGAUGAGCAAUGCAGAGAAUGCAAAACCUACUUGUGCAUCCUUUCUGCAGACAUAUGACAGUGCCCAGAGAGAAUGGAAGCUGGGGAAAACCAAGGUUUUCCUGAAGGAGGCUCUGGAGCAAAAACUGGAGAAGGCCCGGGAAGAGGAGCUGAGGAAGGCGGCGACCAUCAUCCGAGCCCACGUCCUGGGCUACAUGGCAAGGAAGAGAUAUCAAAGGGUCCUUGCGAGUGUUGUAAUAAUCCAGAAGAAUUAUCGUGCUCACUUCUGGAAGAGGUCUCUCCUGCGUCUGAAGGCGUCUGCCAUUGUUCUACAGAAACACUGGCGUGGACAGUUGGCACGAAGCCUCUAUCAACACCUGCUACAGGAAGAGCAGAGGCAGAAACAGGAAGCCGAGGAGCAGAGGCGGCAAGAGGAAGAGAGGAUUAAAAAGGAGGAAGAGGAAAGACAAUGGCAAGAAGAGAAGGAGCAUAAGAGGAAGCAGUUGGAGGAAGAAGAGGAGAAGAAACGCAGAGGAAAAGAGCAACUGGAAGCCACACUGCAGAUGGCGCAGGUGGAGGUGUUCAAGAUUCAAGAAGACGACCAACCGUUGCAAGAAGAGGAACAGCGUCAGAUGGAGGAGAUCCUGCGGCUAGAAAGGGAGAUUGAGAAGUUGCAGUGGCAGCAGAAGACAGACCAUGUUUCCAUUGUCUGUGAAAACACCAAGAAUGAGAUAAAGCGCCAGCGGGAAGAGGAGAUACAGAGGCUGGAGAAGGAAGCUUCCAGGGUGGCGCAGGAAUUCUUGGAGCUGCUUGACUUUGGAAACCUGGAUGAGAGUGUGCAAGGUCUGGAACGUUCUCUCUCCAAUGAAGGAACCCUCAACAUUGAAUGCAGCCUUGUGGCUCCUCUGGCUGAAGAAGAAGAAGAUGAAGGUUUUCCUGCUGAUGAAGAGGGGCCACCUGUCCCCAGCCCAAGCCUGUUGUACCAAGACAGCACCAGAACCAGUGAUAACUACUAUUCAGAGGAGGAGCACACAUCUCCAAAUGUGCCAUUUCUUAGGAAGGGAGAAGAAGGAGAGGCCAAUUCUCUGACUUUUUCUACAGAGAGACCUAUAAGUUCCGAAAAACAGCACAUGGAAAGCAUUUACCACACUGUCUCUGAAAUCUUACCCAGUGACAAUGGGGAAGUGGAAGAUCCAAUUUACAGCUUGCCUCCAGAUGUGGAGUCAGACUAUGACCAUGAAGAGUUUGAUGGCAGUGGAGGUGUUGGAAGCACUUCAGCCCAGCCCCUAAAUGGGGGCAGAAUCUUGCACAAUUCUCACAGCAAUGGCAUGGACUCCAACCCUGGGAGUUUGGACUCGUUUCUAGAUAGUGAAGAGGAAGGUGAUGCUUACAUGGACACAGAUGAAGAAUUCUGUGGCGGCCGGGUAACUGUGCUGAACGGGUCAGGGCCAGCCUAUUUUCACAGCUAUCUCUACAUGAAAGGAGGCUUGAUGAACCCCUGGAGACGGCGCUGGUGCGUCCUGAAAAAUGAGGCCUUCAUGUGGUUCCGAGCCAAGCAAGAGGCCUUGAAGUCAGGCUGGCUUUACAAGAAAGGAGGGGGCAUGUCCACACUGUCUCGACGGAACUGGAAGCGGCGCUGGUUUGUUCUGAGAGAGGCCAAGCUGAUGUACUUUGAGAAUGACAGUGAAGAGAAGCUCAAAGGGACGAUUGACAUCAGAAAGGCCAAGGAAAUCGUGGAUAUUCAUGAGAAGGAGAAUGCCCUUGAUAUUGUGACAAAUGAUCGUGUUUACCACAUAGUGGCUGAGUCACCAGAAGAUGCCAGUGACUGGUUUAACAUCCUGAGUCGUGUGCACAGCGCAACGGAGCAGCAGCUGAGGGAAAUGCAGGAUGAACAAGCCAAUCCCAAGAAUGCUGUGGGAACUUUGGAUGUGGGACUUAUCGAUUCUGUCUGUGCUUCCGACAAUCCUGACAGGCCAAAUUCUUUUGUGAUCAUUACAGCAAACCGCGUCAUUCAUUGCAAUAGCGACAUUCCUGAGGAGAUGCACCACUGGAUCUCUCUCUUGCAGAAGCCCAAAGGCGAAUCCAGGGUUGAUGGACAGGAGUUUCUUGUGAGAGGAUGGCUUCAUAAGGAGGUCCAGAACAGCAGCAAGACAUCUUCUCUAAAGGUGAAGAAACGCUGGUUUGUGUUGACUAGCACUGCCCUUGAUUACUACAAAUCAUCCGAGCGCACAGCCACCAAGCUUGGGACUCUUGUGCUCAACAGCCUUUGCUCAGUGGUCCAGCCUGAUGAACGAGUCUUCAAAGAAACAGGUUAUUGGAACAUCACCGUUCAUGGCCGAAAGCACUCAUACCGCCUUUAUACCAAGCUACUGAAUGAAGCCAUGCGCUGGGCCUUUGCCAUCCAAGGAGUCAUUGACAGCAAAGUUCCCAUUGAAACACCCACACAGCAACUUAUUCGUGAUAUUAGAGAAAACAGCAUGAAUCCUGAAGUGGUAGAACAGACCUACCGGAGGAAUCCCAUCCUAAGAUACACCCAGCAUCCCCUGCACUCCCCAUUGUUACCUCUGCCCUACGGAGAUGUUGGGACCAACUUGCAGCAAGAGAAGGGCUACAGCAGCCUCCAAGACGAAGCUAUGAAGAUCUUCAACUCCCUGCAGGAGAUUGAGACGGUGUCUGACCCCAUCCCCAUCAUCCAAGGCAUCUUGCAGACCUGCCAUGACCUCAAGCCCCUCCGUGAUGAGGUCUAUUGUCAGCUGAUCAAGCAGACAAACCAUGUGCCACAGCCCAACAGCCCUGGGAACCUUCACCACUGGCAGCUGAUGACCUGCAUGAGUUGCACUUUCCUCCCCAGCAGGAGAAUUCUACGUUACCUCAAGUUCCAUCUCAGAAGAUUAAAAGACCUCUUCCCAGGCACAGAAAUAGAUCGAUAUUCUCAAUUCAUCAGUGAUUCACUGAAGAGAACCAAAAGCAGGGAAUUUGUCCCCUCCCAGGAAGAGAUACAGGCCCUCAUCACACGGGAGGAGAUGACUACCACUGUUUACUGCCAUGGAGGGGGUUCUUGUCAGAUCACCAUCAAUUCCCAUACCAGUGCAGGAGAGGUAGUGGAGAAGCUGAUCCGAGGACUGGCCAUGGAAGACAGUCGGAACAUGUUCGCCCUUUUUGAACGCAAUAAGCAUGUGGACAAGGCAAUUGAGAGUCGGGUGAUUGUGGCUGAUGUCUUGGCCAAGUUUGAGAGGCUUGCUGGAUCCAUGGGAGAGGAAGAGGAAGGGCACUGGCAGCUGUAUUUCAAACUGUAUUGCUUCCUGGAUGUGGAAAAUGUUCCAAAAGAGGGAGUGGAGUUUGCCUUCAUGUUUGAGCAGGCUCAUGAAAGUCUCAUUGAUGGCCAUUUCCCGGGCUUGGAGGAGACACUGCAGCACUUGGCCGCGCUAAGGCUACAAUAUCUACACGGGGACUGCUCCAAAAUCUCCUGGUCCCUUGACAAUGUCUACCCGGUGAACAGGCUGAAGUCCAAAAUCCUGCAGUCCAUGAAGAGCAGUGGCCCCAGCAGCCAUGCUCUGGAGAGGAGGCGAACCAGUUUCCUGGAGGGCACUCUGAAGCGCAGCUUCAAGGCAGGCUCAGUGAAGAAGCAGAAGGUGGAAGAGGAGCAGAUGAUGGAGAUGUGGGUGAAAGAGGAGCUGUCAGCGGCUCGAGCCAGCGUAGCGGAGAAGUGGAGCAAACUGCACGGGCUACCUCAGCAGCAGGCCAUGGUGGCUUACAUGGCCAUCAUGAAGGAAUGGCCAGGCUAUGGUUCUACCCUCUUCGAUGUUGAGUGUAAGGAAGGUGGCUUCCCAAAUGAUCUCUGGCUCAGUGUCAGCACAGAGAAUGUGUCUGUGUACAAACGGGGGGACCCAAAGCCUCUGGAAACUUUCCAGUAUGAACAUAUUGUCUUCUUUGGAGCUCCGCAGCCCAACACCUUCAAAUUGACUGUGGAUGAGAGAGAGAUGUUCUUUGAAACCCCUCAGGUGGGGGAGAUCAUUAAAAUCAUGAGAGCCUACAUCAACAUGAUCGUGAAGAAAUGCUGCAGCAUCAAGUCAGCUACCAGCCUGGACAGCCGCGCAAGCAUCUGGACGAGGUGAUGAGGCUGAAGAGGACCUUUCGAAAAGACUCACGCCAAGUCCCAGCUGCGUUUGUAGCAAAGUUCCUUUUUUACAGAAACAAAACCCUUCUAACGUAUUGCCUGACAGAGGCAAAACAGGACUCCGGUCCAGAGCAUCCCUAGCGGCAGGUUUUGCUCCUCGGCCAACAGAAUAAUGAAGAAUACUGUAGUUAGCUAUCCCUAGGCCAGGGGUGGCCAACAAUAGCUCUCCGGACAUUUUUUGCCUACAACUCCCAUCAACCCCCAGCCAUGCUGGCUGGGGCUGAUGGGAGUUGUAGGCAAAAAAAACAUCUGGAGAGCUACUGUUGGCUGCCCCUGGCCUAGGCUGUUUGAGCCUGGACUUUCUUUGGAUCCUCUCCUCUGAGGAAGACUCCGUUGCAAAGGCACAGAGAACUCCAGGAGGAAACACUGCCACCUUUCCCAGAGAGAUCUAGACACUGUUUUGUGCAAUAAAAGCAAGCAAGAAAAGGUGGAAAGGUGCUCCUGCCAUUCAGUGAGCAAGAUUUCUACACUGCAGAUGAGAUGAUGGGUUCCAGUUACUUUUUCAGCCAAGCUUUGCAGGGGCAAAGACUGAGUUGCUUCGGUUUUGGUGGUGUUCCCUCGGGGAUCAGCUGCUACUACUGAAUGAACUUCUAUUGGGAUCCUCUCUGUUGGGGCCCUUACAUUGUCAGAAUUACCAUCCCCGGGAGGCUCAGGUGGAACCAAAUCACAAGGUUUCCCAAGCGAUUACAGCUUAAGCAUGAGGUUCUUGCUUGCUGUUAAUGGAGAGUCACACCAAGGCUCAAACCUAGAGCUUUAAGAAAAAAACACCAGCUAUCUCAAGGCUGGGUAUGAAAUGACUUGGCCUUCCCUGGAUCUGUUCUUCCAAGAUCACUGCAGAGGUGAUUUCUUUAGGUGUAUGAUUAGGAAAGGUGCUGUGUACACUAAAAAUUCUUUUAUCUGAUCAGGGAAGAAGAUUCAGUCAGGUUUAUGUGUAUCCAAUUGCAAAGAGGGGAUGUGAUGACUUCUGUCUGCCUCUUCCACUUGUAGCUCUGUGCAGGAGUUUGGGCUGGCAUUGUGCUGCUUCUUUUGCACAGGUUGUUUUCCGUACCGCUGCUGUCACAUCCAAGCGGAGGUAAAAUGGAGGCUGGAUGAAUAGACUUCACCUAUAGCAAGUUUCUUUAGAGCCCUUUGGUUUGCUUUAGAAUCAGUUGUUUGUUUACCUUCUGCAUUAAAAUCAAUUCUGCAGCAAACCCAAGGGGGGGGGAAAUUCUGAAACCCAACACAUGCAAAAUAAGUACACUUAUUUUUGCAUGGUUGACUGUGCACUUUGUGACAGGAAAAGGCAACAGGGCUAUGCAGAGUGCGAGUCCUGCCCCCCAAACCACUGGAAACCCUGCUCUGAUGACUCCCUUACUUCUGAGAUUUUACCAGUUCAUUGCCCGCAUUUUCUCAAACAUUCCGGAAAUUACUGAAAACGCUGAUUCUCAGGAUUCUGUUUAUUGUGCCGACUGCCAAGUUUUGCAUCCGUGGGAUGUGACAGUGGAGUAUGUACGGCCUUUCUGCCACAGUACAAAAAGCAUCACCAUUUCCUCCUUUAGGCAAACUUGUGAAGCAGUUCCCUUCCAGAACUCCAGGUAGAAAAAGCAGUCUGCCAUCUCCAGUCCUCUAUCAGGCCACCUUGGAUUUCAAUGCACCUCCCAUCUUCCUCCAAUAGAACCCAAAGAGCCUUUUUUGUCACAGGAAAUGGUCCUCGACAAAGAAUUUUUCCAAUCAGGGAUCUCUCCCCCCGCACCCCAAGAAUGCAAAUAAAAUAGGACUGUACCUGUCUGAGGAAGUGGUCUGGACACAUUUUCUAUCACCUAUCACCUUCAUUACACACACCACCUCAAUGCCACAGUAAAGAUGGUUAUUCUCAUUGUGGCAAGUGCAGACCUACACCCAACUAUCCUGUGCAUGUUGUGUAGUUACAGAAGCCAGGCUGGACAUAAACAUCUCAUCUCACUUUUAUAGAGCUGUGACAGGGAAAUACUGCCUUAAGACCUUGGUCUGAGUCACAUUAAGACCUCCUUUUUUGUCCUUACCAGGUUAGGGAAGUGGAAUGGAGACUUGGCCAUGCCUGUGUGGUCUAAGAUACAGACAAGAGCCUUCCCAGUCCACCCCACCCACCCACCCCAUUCCUGGCCCUGUACUACUAUGUCCUGGCCUCAUGGGUGGCUGCAGGCAGCUGAAACCCAAUUUGGGAAUGUAACUUCCAUUAGUACUAUUGCAGAGGUCCUUCUGCUCUUUUGUUGUCGUCGUUUAAUUUGUAACUGGCUUUACAAGAUGAAGGUUUAAUAAAUUAUUGGAUUGCGUAAUUA